UGACGUCUUAUUCUCAUUGGCUAGCUACCGGUAAGCCUCGCAGCCGGAGGCCAUUUCCAACGAGCUGGCGGGGGCGAAAGAUGGCGACGCCCCUUGGGUGGUCGCAAGGGGGCUCCGGAUCUGUGUGUCUCGCCUUCGAUCAACUGCGGGACGUGAUUGAAUCCCAGGAGGAACUGAUUCACCAGCUGAGGAAUGUGAUGGUUCUCCAGGAUGAAAAUUUUGUCAGUAAAGAAGAGUUCCAGGAAAUAGAGAAGAAACUGGUGGAAGAGAAAGCUGCUCAUGCCAAAACCAAGGCCCUCUUGGCCAAGGAAGAGGAGAAGUUGCAAUUUGCCCUUGGAGAGGUGGAGGUACUGUCCAAGCAGCUGGAGAAGGAGAAGGUGGCCUUUGAAAAAGCGCUUUCCAGUGUCAAGCACAAGGUCCUGCAGGAGUCCAGCAAGAAGGACCAGCUCAUCACCAAGUGUAAUGAAAUUGAGUCUCACGUUAUAAAGCAAGAAGAUAUACUUAAUGGCAAAGAGAAUGAGAUUAAAGAGUUGCAGCAAGUUAUCAGCCAGCAGAAACAGAUUUUCAGGAAUCACAUGUCUGACUUCCGGAUCCAGAAGGAGCAGGAGAGCUACAUGGCCCAGGUGCUAGAACAGAAGCAUAAGAAGGGGCCCGGCCGGCCCCGGAGCCGCCAGUGUCGCAGGGAAAAAUAAAAUGGUGGUUGCCUUCCUGUUCUCUGGCUAAAAUGCCCAACUUCUACCUUCUCUGUUCUGGGGAGACCAGCUCUUCUCAUCCAUCCCUGUGGGUCCCUUCACCCCUCCAAGGGAGGCUGCUCUGCCUGUCUGCCUCUCAGAGCAAAUGAAGGCUGCAUGGGGACAAGUCUGGAGACCUGGGGACUGCCACCACUGUACACACUCUUCUGAGCUUAGGAGGAAACACUGCUUAAGACCAGCCCCUGCUGCUGCAUUUCUUUGGGAUAGGGUAGAGCUGAUAGGAACUGAGUCUUUGUGGUCUAGCAGGAACUGCUACUUGCUUUUGGUGAUUAGUCAUUUUCUCCAUCCGUAGCAUAGGUUAGCCCAGUCACACUCUACCUGAACUCCAAUAAAUGUGAUUCUCUGGGGUUGGCUAUAAUGUUAGGGAAGAAUGGAGUAUGUGUUAGGGUAGCCUGACCAGACACAUUAAAGACUGGAUUCCAGGACCACAGUGAAUCUGAGAACCAGAAGUCACCCAAGUAAUAAGAACACAUGUAUAAGCCAGGCAGUGGUGGCACAUGCCUUUAAUUCCCAGCAUCUGGGAGGCAGAGUCAGGAAGAUCUCUGUGAGUUCGAGGCCAGUGUGAUCUACAGAGCAAGUUCCUGUCCUGGCCAAGGCUACACUGAGAAACCCUGUUUGAAAAAAAAAAAGAAACAAACCCCCAAAGCCAAAUAAAAGAACACGGGCAUGUACUAGCCAUACAAAUCA